CCAAAGUCGUUGAGGCCAUUGGUGACGUCACAAAUUGCAAAUAGAAUGGGGACUCCCGCAAAUAGAAACGUUUCCUGGUCUCAUUCACUUUACACAUUAUGGAAAUGCAUACCUUAAAGGAUAUCCAGAAUGUCUAUGAUGCAUGGAUAGUCGAGCACCCUGAAGCGAUUGGAGAUUUACAAGAAACAGCCAAAGUGUUGGCUUUCUUUUUAUCUGGACGUGUUUCAACUACUCGUAAGCUGUUCAAGAUUAUUGAUCACCUUAUAAAGGAUGAUUAUAAUCAGGCAUCCGGAACACCGGAUGACUCCCAAGAGCUUGAGAAAUCACCUUCUAAAUCUUUAUCUGAUUUAGACAAAGGGGACAAAUAUACUUUGAAGUAUAUCAAGAAGGCCUGCGACGCUUUUAUAGUGGAGCACCCAAAAGCAAUAGACUCUUUAAAGAAAAUAAUAAUUAUAGGUUUGCCGUUGGCAGGUGCAGCAUUGAGCAAGGUUGUGCUCUCCCAGCUUAUCUAUCAGCUUAUGCUUGAUUACAACAAGCGGGUCAUUACGCGAGCGCGUGAUGCCAAGAAAAGCUCAGAUUCCCAACAGUCGAAGCUUUAAAUUCGAAAAUUACUAAUUAUUCGAUUUAUAAAUAUUUUUUAAAAAUUAUUUUGCUUGCAAUCCUUUUAACUUUGCAGGGUAUCAUAAUAUAUUAGUAUUGAUGAUUUCAAAGAAGAAAAAUAUCGAUUUAAUAUCCCAAGAAUAAGAAUGUUUUAAUAUUAAAUAAAAAUAAAAUCUUGAAAAAUUAAAAAAAAA